CCUGAUUCAGCCGGGCAAAUGUGCGAAUAUAUAGUCUAAACUGUCAGAACCCUAAUGUAUUUAGAAGAAUGAACAACACAUCAGGCGGAGCUCAACGUCCAGUAGUUAUAUGUGGCCCUUCUGGAUGCGGCAAGAGCACCAUUAUUAGAAUGCUGAUUCAACAAUACCCACAUGCAUUCAGUUAUUGUGUCUCACAUACUACGAGACCCAAACGACCAGAUGAAAUUUAUGGCAAGGAUUAUUAUUUUGUGUCUGAAGAUGAUUUCCAAAAAGCUGUACAAAAAGAGCAGUUUGUGGAACAUGGAAACUUUUCUGGUUACUAUUAUGGGACGAGCAAAGAGGAAUUGGACAGGGUUUUGAAGUCUCAACGAAUAAUUCUUAUGGAUAUGGAUAUCCAUGGUAUGGAACAUAUGCAAAAGUCCUCAUACAAUCCAAUCUGUAUAUUCAUCCGACCAAGAAAUUUCGCAACUCUGGAAAAACGAUUGCGACUUCGUUCCACGGAAACUGAGGAUCGUAUCUUGCAGCACCUCGCAGUGGCUCAUCAGGAAAUGCAGUAUGGUAUCUCGGACGGACAAUUUGACGCGGUCAUUGUGAACGAUGACAUCAAUCAAGCGUUGAAGCAACUUGUCGAGCUAUUGGGUGAAGUCACAAAUGCAACAUUUCCGCACCCCACAGAAAGCAAAAAGUGACUCUGCACGGAUGAAUGACUCGCAUGCCUUCCUCAAAACAGCUGUUCAAUAACAGUCUAAUCGUUGCUUUAAUCAUUCCUUUUCUGAGCCCAUACCCAAUAAGUAACCGACUUAUCACUGCACUCUUCCCUUUGUUCAGUUUGUUGUUUAUGAAGGCCAUCAGCUCAAUCCAGUUUAACUUUCUUGUCGUAAAAAA